AUGGGAGUCCAUGGUUAUCUUAGUCUAUUCGUAUGCUUCUUCGGAAUUCCAACCAAUGUCAUAAACAUUACUGUGUUGACCCGGAAGCACAUGCAAACACCAAUCAACUUUAUUCUUACGUCGAUGGCCGUAUUUGACAUUCUGACAAUGUGUUCGUAUGUACCGUUUGCGCUUCAUUUCUAUUGCCAGUUUCCGUCUGGAUACAUAUCGGAAGAGAAAAACUCGUACGGGUGGAUGAUGUUUUUGAUUUUUCAUGUCAAUUUCUCGGCAACUGCUCACACUAUAUCGAUAUGGCUAGGCGUAUCAAUGGCGAUAUUUCGAUACCGCCAUAUUCAUUCGCCUGCCAAAGGAUCGUUAACACGCAUGCGCCGUCUCAUCAGAGCAAGAUUAGUUGUGUUUGUGAUAAUUAUUGCAUCUGUGAUAUUAAUGAUUCCGAAUUACAUGUCAAAUAAAUUGGUUAAAUAUCAAAACACAACCAUGUUUAUUUUACGCGAUCUCGAAUUAGGGACACCUCAUGUCCGAGCGGUAGUUAUGAUGAAUCUUAUGUUGUAUAGUUCGCUCGCAAAAAUCUUUCCUUGUAUUUUAAUGAUCAUAUAUGGAUCAAUGUUGCUUAAAACAGUAAAUCGGCGAUUGCUUGCAGUUUCCCGCAAAGUGAAACGCGGGGUGUUUUCCAACAAACCAAGAGACACAUCGAAGACAACAAUAAUGUUGUUGACAGUCAUUGUUCUUUUCCUACUGACAGAGUUUCCUCAAGGAAUUUUGAUUAUUCUUAGUGUAGUUUUAAAGGGAUUUUUCGACAACGUGUACAUUCCUCUCGGAGAUGCGAUGGAUAUUUUAGCUCUCAUCAAUAAUGCUGUUAACUUCAUUCUUUAUUGCUCAAUGAGUGGAGAAUUUCGGCGGACACUUAAGAAAUUAUUUUGCACUUUUAGAAGACGGAAGUCUAAAAAUGUUAUUAUUGAUUUUCAAAGAGAGCGCACUCAGUCUACAUGGCUCAGUUUAAAAUAACAAUUAGUCAUCUUGACGUGUUACAGUAACUUAAAUCAAUCAAAACAUUAAAC